GUGCUUCAGAUGUGCAACAUUGUUGAUGUUUAGUGAUGUCUCUAUCAGCAAAGUUUAUUGAGAAAGCACGUCGUGAGUUGGGAGAAGACAGUGAGCGUAGGGAAGAAUGUUUGAGACAAUUUAGAGAGUGGAUUGUUUGCCACAGAUUCAUAAAAAGAUGUAGACAAGAUGAUAACUUUUUACUGCAGUUCUUGCGAAUCAGAAAGUUUAAUUUGGCGAACGCUUUUGAGUCAUUUGAAAAGUUUUUUCUCUUCCGGAAGAAAUACGAGAAAUGGUGUAACGUUGAUGACGACGCAUUAAAAAAAGUUUGGCAACUUUACGACUUGGGUUAUGCAUAUCCCUUGAUGGAACGCGAUGAAGAAGGAAAAAGAAUAAUUUUUGUUCAAGCACGGAAAUUUGAUACAAAAAUCUUCAACUCAACUGAUGCAAUUCGUUUGCUUGGUUUGAUUGUUCUUGUGCUGUUAGAAGAAGAAGAGACACAAAUUGCGGGAAUUUCAACAAUUUCUGAUUUCACAGGAGUUGGUUUUAGUUAUUUUAAUAUUUUCUCAAUGAGAGAUGUCAGAGAGUUUGCUGAUUGUGUCAAACAUGCGUCAGUUGGACGAGAGAAAGAAAAUUAUUUCGUUAAUCUUCCAGCUAUCGCUGCAUUCUUAUUUGAAAUUGGACGUAAAGCGUUGACAGAGAAGCUGAGACAACGUUUGAUUAUAAUGAAAAAUAUGGACCAUCUUCGAUCUCAAAUUGAUGACAAUCUCCUUCCCAAAGAACAUGGCGGGAUAAUUCCAGAAGCUGAAAUGAUGAAAGCCUUUAAAGAUUUUUAUAAAAUUCAAGAAGACAAAGUCAAUGAGCUUAACGAUUCGCACAUUGACUGGGAGUUAAUUGAUUCCAAAGAUACGUGUUCAGUUAUGUGA